AUGCCAUCGGGCCGAGACGGGUCGUUUUCGCACCCGGUUGACGAGGCGGAGCCACCCCUGAUCUCCAAACAGAAUGGCACUGACCCCCGGGAUGUCGAAGCGGGGACCAUGGGCAAGCGUAGUGGGAGUAUGACCUCCGCGAAACCCAGUGAGGCUGAUGACCCAGAAUUGUUGGCCAACAACCCUCAGAAAAGAAACUGGCGCGGGAUUCUCUUGGCUCUCAUUGUGAUUGCAGCCAUCUCCUCCAUCAUUAUCACUGCCAGUAUCCUCACUACACCUCGUGAACACGAAGUGAACUUUGGAAAACCUUACACAUUCACAGACAUGGUUCAGUUGCCCAGAGCAAUGAAAAUAUUGGUUUACCAAAUCAAAAACAACCACGUGAUCUAUGUUUCACCGGAUUUCGAUGUCGUAGCUAUCGAUCUGGCCACGAUGAAUGAACGAAUACUAGUUUCAAGAUACAAUAUUAUCGAAAAGCCGGAAUACACAGGCAUGUUCACGGUCUCGCCCGAUCUGUCCGCGAUUCUGCUGGAGUACGACGCAGCCAGCUCAUUCACCUUCAACGGACACAUUUAUAUACACAAGUAUCCAUUUGAUUCCGAACGAUCAACAAUAGUGAAUGUGACCAGUGGCAUGCCGGAUGACGAUAUUCUCUAUGGAGAAGCCGAUUGGUUGUACGAAGAGGAAUUACUCCAAACAAAGGCAGCUCUGUGGUGGAACCCGACAGCCACACGAUUGGCUUUUGCCUCCUUCAACGAGAAGAAUGUGAGCACAUACUUCAUGAGUCGUUUUGACGGAUCAAAUGAUCUGUACGGCUAUGUGCAGCGAAUCAAGUACCCAAAGGCCGGAGAUUUUUCGGAUUACACAAACCCACAGAUUGGAUUUUUUAUCUACGAUCUUGAAAGCGGCGAGCGACGUGAAUUUCCGCGGCCCGAAAAAAUACCCUGGGACGGUCUGUUGGUGUUCACAAGAUGGUAUGACGAAGAUGUGAUUUUGGUCACGUGGACAAAUCGUGUACAAACCGAGGCGUGGAUCACAGCGGUUAGCUGGAGUCGAAAAAAGUCAUGGAUUGAUGCCGAUGCUUUAGGGACACCUCAAGACGGUUGCCGUCCGUUCCAAAACAUCGCUUUCGAACUUUUGGACUAA